UAUCGAGGUCUAGUUCCUACUUAGUGAUCCGAUAGGGCCUUCUUAGGUCGUGGCUACUUCCUUUUCACUUGCCGCCCUAUUACGCUAGGGACCUGAGUGAACAGCUAAGUCGUGUCAGAGCCUACUUUCAUGUAGUAAGAAAGGGAGCGCGGGGGCGUCGGUGCAUAUGUCCUCGAGCGAUGGGGGUUCGUUGGCUAGUUUUUUGCCAGAGAGGUAGCUCCCCACACAUUGACUCGCACGGAGACGGCGAAGGCCCAUCGCACAGGGGCGGAGGCUGACAGAGUGAGCGAGAGGCUGACAAAUAGAAGAGCCAGCGCGCCCAUGCUUAGGGGCAGCGGGCUUCGCGCUUUGGGUGAAGAUGGGCCCGGUGUGAAAGACAGGGGGCAGAGACUGACAGAGCGAGAGAGCAACAAAGAGAGCCGCGGCGCGCGGCGGGAAUCACGCCACGCGCGUCGGCCUUUUGAUUGGCUGGAGGUCUGUCUAUGCGCUGAACUUUCGGAAGCUUUCGGCGAUCAGUUUCUUGGGCUUCACAUCUUGCAAGUAUGGGCUUGAGGCUGUGGGCUUCGUGUGUCUUUCUUAUGCUGUUCCACUUUUGUUCUGGGUCUCAUGGUGAUCCAGGGCCUGACGCUGUUCUGAGUCUCAUGGUGAUGAAAAGGAUGAGCAAGAAGGGCUGGGCCAUGACCUUGAGCAAGCACAGAACAGAGACAGAAGAAAAGCGACAAGGCGGGCCCGGUCAGUCCCAUGACUAAACAACAACAGUGCGCGCGCAUUCUCAUUCUGUUCAUGUCUCAAGUGAAACGCUCAAGGGGCUCACAAGCUGAGUCAACAUUUUCAGCUGUACACGUACAGCGUCCGCGUUCAUAAACUUGAGCAGCAGGAGAACAAGAGCUAUCUUAUUAGCGAAGGUGAUCGUGAAGAUCUUUAUCUUCGUGCGCUGCGUCAGCAAGCUGGAAAAGUUUCGCUAGGAGUAGCCAACUGCUUGAUAAAGAUGCGGGGGGUGACCGAGGACACGAAGAUGGUCCUCCCAAAAAAUGCUGAGCCGACAUUUCGCAUGCGCACAGCUGCAACUUCGCUUCUCCAGUCCAGCGCCAGUGUGUCGACGUCUAGCCCUGCGUCCACGCGAUCGCACCAGCUACAGCUUGCGUUUAGGAGCCCGAUCGCGUUGCUCUACGGAGCUUUGCUGGCUUUCUGCGUCUUCUUUCUGUGGAAGUUCUUGCGCAUCAUCUGCCGCAGAAGCGGCGGUAAAAAUCAUAAUACCAACAAAGGAAAAUGCUGCGCGUCCCCCAAGUCCACCUCCUUCAAGAAAGAACAUGCGCACAUCAACUACGGCUCUACCGCGUCUCCGAAUUCCUACACGUAUAGAUGCUAUCAUGAUCAUGCUACAGUCUUGAAAGAAAUGAAAAGAAAAGCUACAAAGUCUAGUACUAAGUCCCUCUCCGUCAUUGCGCUUGUAGGUAAUCCUUUUUUUCACAUUUCUUGUAAGAGGCGCGCACUCAUCAUUAGAUUCUGUCCAUUUGUCAGGUUGCCACCUGUGCCAGUACCUGGUAUGCAGUUUGGGGAUUAUUUGCAGAAGUUGCCCACCGAGUGCAAGCCAGAUGAGUCGCCCCGUUGCGGAAAAAAACCGGGAAAACAGAACGAAGCCCCGUGUACAAGUACUCAUAUCUUUUCUUAUCUAUAGAUACUUCUCUGGUGCAGCAAUUUUUUCUGUUACAGGUCAUUCUGAUUCUGGUUCUUUGAUAUAUUAUUCUGCAUUGUGAUGAAGUCAAAUUGUAGUGAACAACAGCACCCAGGAACUUGCUAGCCCUAUACAACAAUCGAGGAAUGUUAAUCAACGAAGUGCUAUCUUUAUCUCGAUGGGGCGAUAGCGAUUAAGUGCUUCCAUCUGCAAUAUCCAAAUUCAGGCUUUGUUGGGAAGCAGACUGGUGUGUGGUGCCAUUCCGGAUUUUUCCCCGAUGAUUCUCUGGUUGACAAGAAAGAAACGGCUUCGAUUUCCUUCAAUAAGCCACCGGGGUACAACAUCUGCGAUAUUGUCGAGACUUUGGCACAUUCUUCCCCGGAAGAGGUCUAAUAGAGCUGGAAAUAGCUACUCUAGGAGAAGGAAAGCAUCGUGUUGAUGUUGAAAAUAUAGAAAGAGGUAGGAAGUACGAGUGAGCUAGAAGUACUUGUAGGUAAUCCAUUUACAAUUCGACUUAAUUAAAUACCAAGUCAAACUAUCCCAAGUUUGUAGGAGGCGUGCACUCAUCAUGAGAUUCUGUCCAUUUGUCAGGUUGCCACCUGUGCCAGUACCUGAUAUGCAGUCUGGGGAAUAUUUGCAGAAGUUGUCCACCGAGUGCGAGCCAGCUGAGUCGCCCCAGUGCGGAAAAAAACCGGGAAAACAGAACGGAUCCGCGUGUACAACUACUGAAAUUUUCGUCUAUACUUGGUUGGGUGAUCAUGAUGCUUACGAAUACAAAUAGAGGAUCCUGAUCUCUGGUGCAGCAAUUUUUUCUGUUACUGUUAUAUGUAGGCCAUUCUGAUACUGAUUAUAAAUAUUAUUUUGCAUUGUGAAGUCAAAUUGUGGUGAACAAAACCCAGGAACUACUUAGCCUUAUACAACAAUCGAGGAAUGAUGUUAAUGGACGAAGUAAAAUCCUCGUCUGGGUGGGGCGAUAGCGAUUACUUCCAUCUGCAAUAUCAAAAUUCAGGCUUUGUUGGUAAGCAGACUGGUGGUGGUGUGUGGUGCCAUUCCGGCUUUUUCUUCGAUGAUUCUUUGGUUGACAAGGAAGAAACGGCUUCGAUUUCCUUCAAUAAACCACAGGAGUACAACAUCAAGGAUAUUGUCGAGACUUCAGCAUCUUCUUCCCCGGAAGAGGUCUAA